AUGGCAUCAGCAUUCCGUUCCUUCCUCACGGCAUCGACCCGUCUGGCAACAGGACCCCGAUUCAGCAGUGUCCCUACCAGCAUUACCCCCCGCACCUCGAACUAUGCCUCGAUUGCCCCUGGCCGAAUCAUUUUCCGCUCAAAGCAUAUCGAUUAUACUCAGAAGUAUGCCGAUAAGCUGCAGCAGCGUGCCAAGGAGGAGGGUGUCAAGUCGAUUGAGGAGUUGAAGGCAAAGGUCUUGCCUACUACCCAGACUGCCUUCAAGAAGGUCCAACCACUCGAGACCGAUAACAAGGAGUCUUUGUCCUCAUCAGCACAGAAACAGAAGCAGCCCGUCGCUGAUGCCAGAGCUACAUCUGCCGCUUCUUCUUCCUCGGCCGGCGGCGCUCCUGGCUCUGGAAAUCCUUCGCUGGAUAAGAUUAUGAAGCUGGACUUGGUCAAGGAUCUGGACGCCGAAGCUAUCAGCAAGAUCUGGAUUCAGAAACACAUGGAUCAGGACGACAGCAUUUCGGCCGUGGUUCCUGCCGAGACCUACAAGAAGAUGCUCAAGCGCUCCAAAGACUACCCCCUCUUCAUAUUGCCAUUGAGCCACGGCGACGGAGUAGAAUUCUACUUGAUGCAAUUCGCAUUCCACCAAGUCAUCUUCACCUCCCUCCUGGAAUACAAGACCCACGGCGAGAACGCCCGCCCUUUCCUCACACUCACUCAUUACCCAGAACUGAUUGACGACAAACAGAUUGUCCUCAUGCACGGUGUGGUCUCGACAAGCCCAAGGGUCCUGACGUUGGACCAUGCCCAGAUUCUGACGUUUGGAUUGCAACAGUAUUAUGUGGGCGAUCAACCAGAGAAGCUGCAGUUGUUGGAAGAUUUCCAUAGACAGCCUGAGAAGUUCUCGCAUGAGAGGCUUAUCGAGUUGACCGAGAUCUCUGGUUAA